ACUGUGCAGGGCACCCACGGACACAGUAAACUCUAACACGGCAUGUAUCGAGGCUGAGUGGGAGUUUUGUUUUCGAAGUUGAAGUGAAUCAAAGCGUUUCGGCAUGGAGCUAAGGAGUCGCGUUCACAGGAUAUCAUUUGUCCUGCUUAUAUUAGGGAACAUCGCAGCAGCUCUCUCCGGCCUAAAUCUUGACUGUACCAACGACUAUGUAGACUUAAUGUUUUGCCACUUUGACGCGCAAAACUGUGAGGGAUACAGUGUGACUCUCCAGAGCCACUACGACAAUGGGAUGAGGCAUUGCAAUCCCGCACAGUGUGGCAUGGGACAGUGUUGUUGCACUUUAGACGAAAUGACACUUGACCCGGUGUAUACUCACUUAGCCACAGUUUGGAAAGGAGGCAAAAGCAUGGAGUCCAAAAUCAUCAGCAUCAGAGACAGCAUAAAGCCCAGAACCCCAACAAUCACCUCAGUGAAAGAAUCUAAUGGGAAUUUUCAAAUCCUGUGGAAAACAAACCACCAGGGCUUUUUCAGUGAAGACUUGACCGCUGAGGUGAUUUACCAUAUAAAAGGAGACACACAAAAGGUUAUUAAACCUGUCAAACCGACUACGUUCGAAGGACAGAAUUACUAUGAAAUACCUGGUGAAGACCUGGAGCCGAGCAAAACAUAUGCAGUCUGUGUGAGAAGCUACACAAACAGGAGUGGCAAGUUCAGUGACAGUAGUGAAGAGUGGGAAUUCACAACCCCUAUGGCCGCUUACAUCCUGCCCUUGGUUAUCAUCAUCAGCCUCAGUGUUGCUGCAGUCAUCAUCAGCAUUGCUGCAUAUUGCUGUUAUGUAAAGCUCAAAACAAAGUGGUGGGAAACAGUUGCCAAAUGUCCAAAUCCCAAACUUCUAAUUACACACCCAAGUGAGCAGGAGCUCUUGAAGCCAGUGCAACCCACCAUCUCCUCUAUCUGUGUUGAGCCCUUUGUUCCAGACGACAGCAAACCUUGGUCAGAGUCAAUGCGAGACACCAGCAGUGGGAGCCCUCAACAAAGCAGUGGGAUCAGUACUGGCUCUUCUUGUCUCAAUUGUUCUCACACCGAGCCUGCUGACAUCAUCGCUGGUGUUCAGGAUGCCCUUGUUAAAGCUUUCCCCAACAUCAGCCCGAUAUCACCUUUGACCACUGUUUCACUUAAUCCAGAAGUAAACAAAGACAGUGGUCUGAUUUCUCCUUCAUACAACCCUCGUGGUGUCCGAGCUGACGACAUGAGGUCUGGAUCAUCUUGCUUUAACAAUAAAACCUAUUUCAUUUCAAGCUGCUCACAGGAGACGACGACAAACUGCUCCAAAGUCCAGACGCAGGCUGAUAUGCUGCGUGACUCUACAUACCAUCCUUGUGCCGGUGACGAUGUGACCUGUGUCGACCAGCAGGCAUCAGCUUGUUCAUUUGUGAAGUCACAACCAGUAGUUUCAUUUCCAAUAGCAACAGAGAUGCCAUAUGAGCAACGCAAUGCAGAUUUUGGGUCAUUUUCAGAAGCCUCCAGUUUGUUCUCCACCUCUAGUGGCACCAGCCCAAUGUCCUUCAAUGAGAUGGACUGUGGUGCGACAAAGCCACAUGGAAAAACUGAAGGGGAAGUUGUUUGUGAUGAAAAUACGUGCUUGCAGGUUGCAAAAUCAGUGCCUGCAGGCGCACUCAGCUUUCCUCUAGUGGAUGACAACUACCAGUCGUUUCAGAAUCUGGUGGAGCAGCCUGAUAUUUUGUUUUCAGAAGAGAGAAGUGGUGAGGAGGAGCCACAAUUGAACAAACGUCCAGAGGAAACAUUCACCAAGAUGACUCCAGGUUUCAUGAACAAUGUCCAGAGUUACCAGUGUCCCUCUGAGCUCCAGAGACCGAUUCUCCCUUUGAUCUCUGCUGACCAGUCUAUGCCAAUCAUCACAGACAGCGGCUAUCAGAGUGUGUAGCCCUGAAUAUUUAUGCAUUUAGUCUUAAUGGUGCAGUGUUUUGCUUUUUUCUCUUAACCAUACAGGCAGGCCUUUGUAUGGUUUAUUAGAUAAUCAUAAUAUGUAAACAACUGCUUUGUUUAUGUGGUUUACUUUUACGACAUGUCAUUAGAAAGCUACAGUACAUUCAGUUUGAUUGAUGUGGACCAUUCCAAGAUACAACCACCACAGCAGGUACAAAAAUUGCGUCUGUCAGACAAACAACAAACAAACAGUUAUAACUUACCCAUUAUGCUUCAUCAUAAUCCACAGAUCGAUAAUAUUUCAACAAAAAAUGGUCCUGAUACAUUCACAAAGGUCCAGACAAUCCACAACUAGUGAAAUUUUUAGUCCAAAUACAUUAUUGCGCUGAGGAUUUCUGCAGACUAUCAUUGCAUCAUUUUAAAUAUUCUUAUUUCUCCAUGUACAGUCCAUAAUAACUUCAGUUUGCAUGAAAAUAUUGCCGAUAGGGAGAUAUCAAAGUGGUGGUUGAACUCUCUGACCUUUUGAUUGACACCCCACUUGAGCCAAUUCAAGCUUUCAUGUCCUCUCCACAGCCUACAAUAGCCAACAAGAGCCUGUGUUGAAAGGAAGGGCCUGCCUCUCUCUUCUAUCUAUAGACCCAGCCAAUAGCAAGCAGUUGGUCUGAUGACUGAUGGGUCUUGCAGCCAAUGAAGCUCCUGACCUCAAGAGGAGCUUUUUAACCUGUUACUAUCAUCAUACACCAACAUAAAUAUGAUGAAAUGGUUCUUCUGUUGUCAUAAAGGGAUGACGAACGUUUUUUCUUAUAGAUUUAGUUUUUAGCUUUUCUAGAAGUGUUUCUAUAUAAACUCAUUCACACAUUCAGUCAAUUGUCUUAACCCUAUUUUUUUUUAGAGCACAAGAGAAAACCUUAUAAAAAUGUGCAGAAUGUUAUCUGUGAUAUUGUUAUCAACCUAAGGCUUUAUGCUAUGGCCCCUUUUUUUUUUUUUUACAGCAAAUACAUCCCAGUUCCCCAGUUUUAUGUAUGUAUGUGGAGAGAAGGAUGUAACAGGCUGUGAAGUGUUUAAAUUUGUAACUGUUCGAACAUUAAUUGAGGAGAUUGAGUUUGCCCUGUUGUCAUGGAUAUUAUCCGCUGAUAUGGAGCAUGUGAUGUGACUGAAAGCUCCUGAACAGUUAAUAAAUGGACUUGGAGUUGUAUUGUUUGCUCAUUUACACGUUACACAUUGUGUGUGCUGCUGUAUUUCAAAGAAAACUCAUCUUUGCACCGUAAGAACAGUUGAUUUGUUCAAUUUCCAAAUACUGUGCAACUGUGUAUGACUACAUUUAAUGUGAAACAUUUGUAAAGUUUGUAAAUAAAAAACAUUCAUGUAAGAUUUA